AUGGCUGCAACCCAGAAACGCCUGGCAGGACUUCCAAGGGCGACCUACUGCAAUGGUGCCAAGUCAGCUGUGAACGAUUGGCUGAGCCAACUGGUCACGGCUGUAGCCAAGCCCAAUGGAGGACAUGAUGCAUUCUGGUGCUUGCUCCUGGAAACCCGGGAGUUGCAGACGUUGAGAUCUUUGCUGUCAGCGACGUCAGCGAGUGGAGAAUAUGGAGAAUUCGUGUCGGCAGCGAGAACGGUUGUCCCAAACCCCAGUGCGGAGGAGUGUGCAGCGAUUCGUGACGCGGCUCCUGGGGUCCAUGCUAUACCUUUCACUUCUCACGCUUUCUUGGCAGACAUUUCUUCCAAAGGCUCACAUUUGGAUGAGGAGCCCUCAUUUUCCGUGUUCAGGGAUCAAUGGGAGCGAAGACAAUUUGGGUUUGUUUGGCUGGACUACUGUGGAACUCUAGCGUCAGGCCCCGGUCAUCGAAGGCAGACAGAUAUAUCCCUUCUCUUUUCUGCCAACCUACUGCAGCCUUCCGCUAUACUGGCUGUGACGCUCUCAGAGAGAGGUGCAGCCCGGCUCUACAGGGGAGAGCUGGCGGAUUCGCUCGUGAUAUGUGUUCAAGCUGCAGCAAAGGCAGCUCAGAGGAAAGUGAUCUCGUUGGGCCUUGCGGAGUAUCGAUCACCCACUCCGAUGAUCACGGCUGCCUUUGUAGUGGACCACCUUGGAGCGGAUGUACCAUCCUUCCUUUCAAGGGAGGGAGUCAGUUUUCACCACUGGCGCUCCGGAUGUGGUCUGGCGGAAUGCUUGGAGCUGCCGCUGGCCAAAGCCUUGAGGUUGGCAGCAAGUGCCUUUGCAGAUGCUGCCGUGGGAUCGCAGCAUGCGCUGGUCUUGGAGUCAGUGAAGCUUCUUCCAGUCACCAGGUCACUGGAAGCAUCUGGAAGCUGUUCGUCCAUUUUGUCGUCGCUUCCAGAUGCAUUGGAGGCCCAAGUGGCCCAAGUGUUUCUGGCGCGGAGCGUGGAUGUGCUCUCUGGAGCCAAGCUUCUGGACUACCUUCAGCAGCUCUCAUCAGAUUCAUCGAAGCGUUUUGAUGCAGUGUAG